CCUCCUCUUCUGCAAAUAAGCCUUGCAUUAAUAUUAGGUAUUGUUUACAACGUCAGAGGGAGAAGGCUGAAGAAGAACAAAGCCCACAAGGCUGUCGUACCUAAUAGUCCCUACUUUCAAUUCAAGUGACCAAUUGCCCCUUGAAUAUCAUCAAUACGAUUCUCCCAAAGAAAUUCUACAUAUCUCCUUAUUACAAUUUACCUGCCGGAGAAGCCCUUCGCUCGUAAUUUGAAAUCCCCAGCCCUUUUCGAAGCCCGAACGUCACCACCAUCCGAAAAAUGGCCUCACCGCAGAACAAUGCGCCAAUUAGCACCACGAGGCUAAAGCAGAUCGCCAUGGACGCAUGCCAAAGCGCCAUCGGCAACGCGGGGUUCUACGAGCAUUCGAAGGUUGAAGGAUGGAAUGCUACCAUAAUCAACUCGAUCCUCCGCGCCGUGAUAUCUGAAUCGACGCCCUCGGGGUCGCAGACGCCGGCGCACAAGUUCGUCGUGAACAGCACGAUCGUGCAGCAUCUGGUGCCGACGUCGGCGCUGAACAAGCCGAAAGGCGGCAGCGACGUGAAGGCCGAGAGCCCCCGGAUCAGCACCAGCGACGGCGGCAACGCGACGGCCACGGACGGCAAGCCGCACGUCGGCCGCAGGGGCAUGCACUCGGCCACCCAGGCCUUCUGGAACGAGAAGACGGACGGCAUGUGGAGCUUCAAGUACGACGGCGGCGAGGGCAAGGGCAUGGACGUCGUCAUUAGCGUCAUCUGGGUUGGGAUAUGAGAGGAAGUAUGCAUUACGCCGUGCCUUUCUAAGGCGAUGAUGCGGAAUGGAUGUUAUAUUAGGUAUGUUACCUAGGUAGGUAGGUACUGUACUGUACUGUACUAUACCUAAGGUCGAAAUCGAUAUUUGGUAUAUGGCGAGGGGUUGCUGGUUGGCCGGUUGGUUGUAUCAACACGUUGUUUUUAUCUACGCUCAAAGAGAAAUUGAUACAUUUUACAAGCCUAGUCUAUUAUCCAUCUAGGACUUGAUCUGUGUUGUUUGAUGGUGGUGUGCAGCUCAGUGUGCGGGACCCGUUUAGGAUAAUAAGUUACUUAUCCUAAGUUCGGGGUUGCAUUGUAUUCAUAUCAGUCUAUCGAAUUUACGCUGAGUAGAAGAACCUCUUUUCUGAGGUUUAUCCUAGUGUUCUCGUG